AUGUCACAGCCGUCAAUAAAUGACUAUUCACGAAGGGGAAACAAUGGUGAUACUAACAGGUUGACGUCAGCAGCAGCACGCUCAGGCUCAUCGAUUCGGGAACGCGAUUCAAGUGGCCAAGGAUACACACAACCGCAGUCCAAUGCAGAUACACAUUCUAGCCAGUAUCCUCAAGGUACGCAAGGCGUGAGAGGUGAUGAUCGAAGUAGCUUACAAGCUUAUGCAUACAGGGAUCGUGGGAAGGAGAGAGUAGCCGAAGUGCCAGUCGCUUCCAGUUUACAUCGCAAGAGAGAAAAUCAACCAGAACUUCCAAAUGUGCCCAGCUCAUAUUACGGGAGAGAAAGGUAUCAUGGUACUGCUGGACCGAACCUGUACCGUGGACCUGAAAGGUAUGGAGGCCCAAAUGAAUCAAGGUCAUAUCGAGGCAGCGAAAGAUAUAAUGCUCCCAAUCAUUCAGGCUUACAGAGUGGUGAACUGUAUAGACCCAGGAGCAACAACAAAAGGCGUUAUGCUGAACACCAGGGGGACUCUUACCGUCCAAACCAACCAAGAAGAAGAGACCAAUUUGAUCCAAACUUCCACCGUGACGAGCCGAAUUUGAAUGAACAAGUUGUCCCUACACGACCCGUGUCGAAAAUGUCAAAAGCUGAAAUUGAGGCGAGUAUUCAAAAAUUGGAGAAUCAUUUAGCUAGCCUCUCUGACGUACCACCCUUGAAUCAAAUCAAGGUUAUCGAUUCACGAUGGGGUGUGAAGGCAAAAGGAUUUGAAAAAGUCAGCGCACCAAGGGCAAAAUUAUCGGGUUUAUUCCCCCUACCUGGAUUUCCACGUCCUGUUGACUUUACGAAACUAGAAGGUUUAGUCAAGGACAGACUUCUGAAUAGUGAUGACAUAUUGAACGAAACAAGCAGAAUUGAUCCCGUCGAUUCCAGAGUGGCGAAAAUACUAAUAAUAACUGGUAUUGAAUCGAUAAAUUAUUUGAAAAUUGUGGAGUUUUUCAAUGAUUAUUUGAGAAUGAUUGAUUUUGAACAGAGCUCGAGUAACAACAUCCAUAGCAAGAGAAAGUUGAAAGAUGACAAGACAUUGAUCAUUGAGUUUAAUAACAGUGAAUGCGCCACGAUUAUUUAUUCGCUAAAUGGUACAGAGCUAUUAUUCAAUGCUUACAAAGAGGACAGUGUUGCCAGGAGAGACGUAAGCGACAAGUUUAGACUUCAAAUUUCCAGACCAAACGAAUAUGUUGUACAAGAUGAAGGAGACUUGAGCUCUGGUGAAGUGCAAGAAGUUGUCAAGGAUAGCCCGAGAAAAAUUUCACUCAUUGUUUCGCCAAAUGUCUCUUCUGACAACGCGAAAGAACAACUUGAAAAGUUGGCUCCUUUAGCUGGCAUGCAGUAUCUCCGACAAAAAGGCACUAAAGAACCACUUGGGUUAAUAUUUGUUAAGUUUAAGCAUGCAGAUGCUGAGAUCAUCGAAAAGCUAAAGAGCUUACCAUUUGCUACGAACGCAUUUUACUCAUGCCUUUCAAGCCCCGAAACUCCAGUUCAAACUGGCCCCAUCGACUAUUACACCUUGCCUAAGCUCGCAAACAAUGAGCUAGUCCGCGUUAGAGCUAGCUCCAAGGUGGUACAACUCAUAAAUGCUGUCUCCAUUAGGGACUUGACGAACGAUCUGAAUGUAAAGUUCUUGCAUGACGACAUGAAGGCUGAAGCAUCUAAAUUUGGAAAUGUGGUCUCUAUCAAGAUUCCCUGUCCUGCUAACGACUUCACGCCAGGGUUACAGCAAUUGAAUGUUGCUGGAUUGGGCAAAGUUUUCAUUGAGUUUGGUGAUGAAGAUGCUGCUUUGAAGGCGAUAAUGGAGCUUUCUGGAAGGCUGUAUAAUGAUCGAACGGUGCUUGCUACUCAUUAUGACUACGAAGAUUUCAAGAAAAAUAUAAUCUGA